GGAGGGACGCGCGAGAAGGCAGUAACUUUAAAGCCAGCUCAGAAGCCCAGACCUCCAGCCGAGCGGUUUGCAGCGCGGCGGCGGCGGCGGCGGCGGCGGCGUUCAGUGUCUGGCCCGCCGGUCCGGUCGGGGUGUGCAGUAGGACGGACGAGCAGCGCGUCGCUGUCCCCCGGCGGCUGGAGAUGUCCGAGCCCAAGGCAAUUGAUCCCAAGUUGUCGACGACCGACAGGGUGGUGAAAGUAAUACCAUGAUGUGACGGCUUUCUUGAUUUGUACUUCCAGAAUGCAACUUUAGAAAGUUGAAGAAAUGGAGACAGAAUAGAUAGAAUGGUCGGUCACAGGUGGGACUAGAAUGCAGCUGUCCCAUUUCCUCCAAGUCACCGACUUACAGCAAAAGAAGUAUUUGAUAACGAUGGGAAGCCUCGUGUGGAUAUCUUGAAGGCACAUCUCAUGAAGGAGGGCAGGCUGGAAGAGAGUGUUGCAUUGAGAAUAAUAACAGAGGGGGCCUCAAUUCUUCGACAGGAAAAAAAUUUGCUGGAUAUCGAUGCACCAGUCACAGUUUGUGGGGACAUCCAUGGACAAUUCUUUGAUUUGAUGAAGCUUUUUGAAGUGGGGGGAUCUCCUGCCAACACUCGCUACCUCUUCUUAGGGGACUAUGUUGACAGAGGGUACUUCAGUAUCGAAUGUGUGCUGUAUUUGUGGGCCUUGAAAAUUCUUUACCCCAAAACACUGUUUUUACUUCGUGGAAAUCAUGAAUGUAGACAUCUAACAGAGUAUUUCACAUUUAAACAAGAAUGUAAAAUAAAGUAUUCAGAACGCGUAUAUGAUGCCUGUAUGGAUGCCUUUGACUGCCUGCCCCUGGCUGCCCUGAUGAACCAACAGUUCCUGUGUGUCCACGGCGGUUUGUCUCCAGAGAUUAACACUUUAGAUGAUAUCAGAAAAUUAGACCGAUUCAAAGAACCACCUGCUUAUGGACCUAUGUGUGAUAUCCUGUGGUCAGACCCCCUGGAGGAUUUUGGAAAUGAGAAGACUCAGGAACAUUUCACUCACAACACAGUCAGGGGGUGUUCGUACUUCUACAGCUACCCGGCUGUAUGUGAAUUCUUACAGCACAAUAACCUGUUGUCUAUACUCCGAGCCCAUGAAGCCCAAGAUGCAGGGUAUCGCAUGUACAGGAAAAGCCAAACGACAGGCUUCCCUUCUCUAAUUACAAUUUUUUCAGCACCAAAUUACUUAGAUGUGUACAAUAACAAAGCUGCAGUAUUGAAGUAUGAGAACAAUGUCAUGAACAUCAGGCAAUUCAACUGUUCUCCUCACCCAUACUGGCUUCCAAAUUUCAUGGAUGUUUUCACUUGGUCCCUGCCCUUUGUUGGAGAAAAAGUGACUGAAAUGCUGGUAAAUGUCCUCAACAUCUGCUCAGAUGAUGAACUAGGGUCAGAAGAAGAUGGAUUUGAUGGCGCAACAGCUGCAGCCCGGAAGGAGGUGAUAAGGAACAAGAUCCGAGCAAUAGGCAAAAUGGCCCGAGUGUUCUCAGUUCUCAGAGAAGAGAGUGAGAGCGUGCUAACGCUGAAAGGCUUGACUCCCACGGGCAUGCUCCCCAGCGGAGUGCUUUCUGGAGGGAAGCAGACCCUGCAAAGCGCCAUCAAAGGAUUUUCACCACAACAUAAGAUCACUAGCUUCGAGGAGGCCAAGGGCUUAGACCGAAUUAACGAGAGGAUGCCACCUCGCAGAGAUGCCAUGCCCUCUGACGCCAACCUUAACUCCAUCAACAAGGCUCUCGCAUCAGAGACUAACGGCACGGACAGCAAUGGCAGUAAUAGCAGCAAUAUCCAGUGACCACUUCCUGUUCACUUUUUUUUUUUUUUUUUGAGCUGCAGGGCAUGAUGGGGAUUGCUGCCUAUCAGCAGUUGGGUGUUCUUGCCUCUGAUGGUAGCUUAUUUGCUCUGGGGGCCAGGAAUUGGAUUCAGUUUACACUAUCAUUAAAAAAGAGGGAGAGAGAUAAUAAACUAUAUUUUGGUGGGGGUGGUGAUUAAACACCUCUUCGGGGUAUGCCUUUUAAAAAUGCUUAUAGGAAAAAAAAAACGUUAAAAAGAAAGCUAACGCUAGUAUAUACUGCAAUGUUAGGGGAAUGAACAUGUUUUCCUACUGCAUUGGGGACUUCUAGAUAGGUUAAUGAAAGGUCUUUUAUUAUGUUACUGGACACGAAAACUUUGUCUAAUUUCUUACUCUAUUGUACGUUUACAGUUGCAGCACUAAAAAUGGAUGACAUCAAACAUUUUUAACAAAAUGAUGUACAAACUAAAUAAGGACUAUUUAUUGAUAAUGUUUUGCUACUCUUGUCAGACAAUGGCUAUAAAAUGAAUUAGGCAGUCUUAAAAAACAAAAAAAAAAACAGAAAAAGAAAAAAAAAAGAAUGUUGCAAAUUUGUUAAAAUGCCAAAAAGGACAGUUUAAUUUUGUACAGAUUAUGCUUACCUCAGGUUUCUUUAGUGUGCUUGAAUGCCCUUCUUUCCAUAUAAACACUUAUCUUAUUAAUUUAGCAAUGAAUAUCUUUUCUUUUCUUUAAGUUUUAAAAAAACUGGAAUAAUUACAUCUAUCUUUUUUUGCUGUUUAUAUUUAGGGUUUUUUUUUUUUUCGUUGUUGAUAAAUCAAGUCUUGGUUGUGGCUUGCCGAAUUAAAUAUUUAUGAGUGGUGCAUUUUUAAGUAUAGUGAACAAGACACCAUAUUAAGUACAGUGAUAAAGCAUCUAUAUUCUGUAAAAAAAAAAAAAUCUGCCUAUGCAUGUUUUUUAAGAAAAAAAAAUGGCUGUAUCGGCCUGUAUGGGACUGUAAUGCGCUUAGUGGUCUGACAUAUACUGGAAAUAUAUGUAUACUGGCGUACUUUAUAUUCUCUAAAAUGCUUAAUGCCUUUGAAAUUUUGUAAUCAAAAAAGCUUUGAAAAAAUCUAAAGGGGAGAGUAUUCUUAAAAGUUUUUAACAUAAGCUUGUCAGUGCACAUAUAGACGGUUAGCAUGUUUAGCAAACCUUGUGAAAUUUAAAUAAGUUUGUAGUUACAUGUGAAACUCUAAAUGCAUGGUAACUGUUAAUGUCAUCACGGUUUAGUUCUUUUGUUCUGUUCUGUCACGUGCCACAAAAUAUGUACUUUUUUCACUUUUUUCCCUUUGUAUAUCAGUUACGGGUUACAACUGGUUCAUUCUGAAAACAACAACAAAAGUCCAUUCAUAUUUUUUAACAAUUGUAUAAGUGCCCAAGUAAUUCACUACAGCCUAAAGCCUUGCCUUUGUAAUUUGACUUCUGAAAUGUUGGCAAUCAAAGCAUGCACUUGUAACAAUGACAAAGACAAAGCAUUUUAUAUUACUACUCAAUAAAAUGUGCAUGAACUUAAA